AGGCGCACUGCUCUCGUCAUUCCCGUGGCCCUGCUGUGCGCCCUGAUGUCCCUCGUGGCCUUCUGGGCCGGGGACGCCGUCUGCAGCCACGGCGGCGGGGACUCGCUGUACGGCGGCGCCUGCCUGGUGGCGUUCUUCGUAGAGGUGGUCCCCUGCACGCUCUGGCUGGCGGUUCUGUUCACCGUGGGGCUCGAGAUCCGGAAUGGCGUCGGCCUCGGCCUGUUCAGAGUUCACAGCCUGGAAGGGGACCCCGCCCUGCACGACCUGAUCCAGCACACGCGGGAACAGUACCCGCAAAUGUGGAUGUACCUGUUCGGCUUGAUCGAGGAGAACCCCUGGCAUCUGAGUCGCCUUCACCUCGCCAUGGGGAUCCUGCUCGCCUGGUGCGUGCUGGCCAUCGUCCUGGUCCUCGCCCUGGUCACCAGGAGGCCCUUCCGCGGCUCGCCCCCCACGGCCGCUGACCUUGAGCAGGAGGUGCUGUCCGGCGGCUGGCCCGACGCUCCGGAGUCAGAGCUGCGCGAGCUGCGCAGACUGCGGCCGUGCCAGGUGCUGGCCUUGAGCCACGUGCGGCGCAUCAGCGGCAAGCUGCACGCGGAGGCCAUGCCGAGGCUUCGGCGGCGCGUGGCGGAGCUUGGCUUCAGGUCCGAGGACCUGGACCUCGCCCUCGCGUGGAUCCGGGAGCAGGCGCCCAUCGUCAUACACCUGAAGCUGGAGCGUUGUGCCGCCCAGCUGUCCGAGGACAGCCACUACCGCAACCAGUUCCAGAUCUGUGGCAGCGGCGGCACCUACGACAACAGGAGCCGCAUGGCGUGGGAGGACGACCUGUUCGGGUGCGCCUACAGGGGCGCCGCCCCCUUCGAGCGCUGCAAGUACGGCUCCAUGAACGUGAUCAACGACCCCCACGGCGUGAGGAAGUGCGCCCAGUACGGCUCUAGCUACCUGCUGCUGCGGGGCGCCCGGCUGCGCACCACGUUCUCGGCGCAGGACUCGGCGGGCCUGGACGCGCGGGACCUGGCGACGGUGGACUACUACGGCCACGUGUUCCUGAAGUACUCGGACGACGAGCUCAGGGGCGCCCUCAUGGUGGCCAAGAUGCAGGGCUCGGCCGGCAUAGACUCCCGCGUCCUCUCCUCGUACAAGGAGGCGCAGGUCCACGGGGAGGUUCGCCUCUGCGAGCACGUCGAGAUCAUCGUGGCCCACCCGUGCAUGCAGCAGACGCCGCACAGGCUGGACAGCCUGCGGGCGCUGGAGAGGCGCUGCCGCGCCCAGUCGGUGUGGAUCGAGACCGGCGACGCCUCGGAGCCCCGGGACGCGCCGCGGGCAUCCAGCGGGGAGCCUCUGGCGCGUGACGCCGGCUCGCCCGCCUCUGCGGGCGCCGGCGGCGCCGCGCGCCCACGGCGGAGCAGCGACGGCGUCGAAGAUCUGGCGCUCGCGGCGUACGGCGACCCGGGCCAGGCGGGGUUCGAGCUGCUGGUGGUCAUCCGGGGGGCCCUGGGCCCGCACGCGGCCCGCAUCAACGGCAGCUACUGCGCCUCCGCGGAGCGCGGCUUGGGGCCCGCCUCCGCGGGCCGCCCGGUCUUCACCAAGUGCGGCGGCGGCGCCCGCCUGCGCCGGGCUCUCGCCGCGGGCGAGGAGGGCGCGCCGCGCUGGUCGGUCGUGGGCACCGCCGCCGAGGACGAGCCGUCCCUUCUCUCGCAGGACAGCGGCCCGUGGCUGCGCGCCAACGUCUCCGCGCGGGACCCCUCGAGCGCGGCCGACUGGGCGGUGAGGACGUCCUCCGGGUGGGAGACGCAACGCGGCCUGCAGGU